AAGGAUAACGCGCCACACCAUCACACCACCCCAAAAUCGCGCCAUGGGGGCUCCUACGGUAACCCUAACCCUAACGCUAACCAGGCACCCUCCUCCUCCUCCGCUCACCUCCUCCUCUCUCCUACCACCCAACCGCCUCCUCCUCCUACUCCCUCGCCGGAGCUCCUCCGCCGCCGCCCUCGUCGGCGGGGGCGGAGGGAUGAUUAGGGUGGCGGCGUACAUGGAGCGGAACCCUAACUCGGCGGGGGCCAUCGCGAGCAAGUUGAUCGGGGCGCUCCCCGUGGUGGGGCUCCUCGCGAGGAUCUUUGCCGACGAGGGCGGCGUCGGCGACGACAUCGUCGACUUCGCCGAGUUCCGCCGCCGCGUCGGCAAGAAGUGCGGCGUCACCGACUCCCAGGCCUUCUACGAAUUCAGAGAUCGCCGCGGCCGGGCAGGAGAUCCGUUGUACGUUCUCUUAUGCUGUUGGUUGGCUGCCGUCGGCGCUGGCCUUUUGAAGUCCGAAGAGAUAUUCGAAGGAGUAGCGAGGCUUCGCAUUUCCAACGACAUUGAGUUUGAGGAGGAGACCUUUUUAGCUAUGAUGAAUGCAGCAAAAGAGAAACGUGCAACGUUGAAGUCUCCACCGCCAGAAAUUCCGAUGGAGAUUCGAGCGGAAAAAGCUCUCGAAGGCAUAUACGUGUGUUGCUUCGGCCAAGAUCCCAUAGAAGAAGAGGAUGCAAAAUUGUUACGUACCAUCUUGAAUGCGGUAUUCCCGUCAGUCGGAAGACCCAAGAUUGAUAGGAUUGUUACUUCCAUGGCACAGCAAAUUGCUUCUGGUGAGAGGAAAAGCUAUCCGGGUCAAAAAACUCUAUCAAAAGAGGCCGUAGAGCGGCAAAUGAAGGACCUCGAAUUUCUGCAACAGAAAAGAGAGAAUUCGAUUUGAUCACUGUCUUUGUAACAAAAGUUUUGUCUAUAUAUUUGUGUAGAAGAAAAUUUGACACUAUCAAAGAUUUCUCUUUACCAUCCAGGAGAGGUUUUGUGAUCUUCUAACUUGGAUUAGGUCUCAUUUUGUAAUGCCUAUGCUAACUUAUAUAUUCUUUUGAAUAUAUAAAAUCUAUGGAAAUCAAUGCACCAGUGAGUGGUGUUUGUGU